AUGUUAUUUUCCGAUUUAUUGGCUACUGCUGUAGCUGCUUUCUACAUUUCGUCAACUCAAGCUGAAACUAAAAACCAAUGGGCCACUUUUCCUUCGGUUGCCAGGACAGCUUCUAUCAAUGGCUUUGCUGACAACAUUUACGAUAGUCUUCCAGAAUGUGCUAGAUCAUGUGUUGAAGCAGACACUGGUAGCACACCAUGUCCAUACUGGGAUACAGGUUGUCUUUGUGUUAUGUCAAACUGGAGUGGUCCAGUUGCUGAAUGUAUUGCUGAAAAAUGUAAAGGUGACAACGUUGAUUCUGCCACAAGCUUGGCACUUUCUAUAUGUUCCAGUGCUGGUGUUCCAAGUCCAUACUGGUUCAUCCCGGCUUCCAUUUCUACUGAAUUACAGGAAGAAGAUACUGCUGAAGUUCUCUUACCUCAACAACAUCUGAAUAUACUUCUGAUGCCCAUACUACUAGUGACGAUACUGAUACUCUCACACAAGCCCCAGAGACUUCUACUGAUAAAACUGAUAGCUCUGCUCCAGCAUCGUCUUCUGCUCCAGAAGAAAUUACUUCUUCAUCUUCUGCUAUUUCCAAUGUUCCAGAAGUUCAAGAUAGAAUUAGCGCUGCCGCCUUCAUCUUCCCCGGUAACAUCUUGGUCUUGA